AUGAUGCGCUGGCUCAGAGGCAGGAAGGCGACAGGAGCGCCAGGCGCAGAGGAAGAAUUUGGGAAAGAAAACGGCAUGCCAAUGGCAUCAGACAAUGGGGACAUGGAGAGUGCGGUAAAUGAGGUUGAGUCGUUGAGGAAGCCUUCACGCAACGUCCCGCGCCGUGCUGCAGGAGGGUCCAAGAAGAGCGCUCCUGCCAAAUCUUCGCCCGCGAAGGCAGCGACUCCCCUGCGUCGGUCUUCGCGCGCGAAAUCGAGGAAGAGCGACGGCUUCUUCGACGCAAAUCAGGAAGUCACUCCAGACCCAAUGUCAAUCACCUCAAUCAUAGCCGCACUUCCGACACUACCGCACCCAGAAUUCAGUGUUGCCGACGAAGCACAGAUGUUACAAGACCUGGAGAACCCCGACGAGAGUCACGUCUUGUUGGGUGAGAUGGAGGCGGUGCAGCACGUCGUCGCUCACACUCAGUCAGUCGAGCCGGCAGCAGAAGGUGACAAUCGAGAGCCGGCGGUUGAGAUGACUGAGUCUCUGCGAGACAAUGUCUCUCAAAAAGCGGCUGUCGCUGCGCAGGAGAUGGCUGCUGUACAGGAGACUGCCACUUCGCAAGCGGCAGAAGACCGUCACUCGGUCCACUCAGCUACGCCGGCUCUCAAUCAUGCCAACCAGAACUCGACAACCGAGGCGAUGCCUAGUGUAGAUACUCCAUCAAUCUCUGCGACCGGCGAAUAUUAUAUUCCAGCGUCGAUCCGUUUGGAUGGCUCCAUCCGUAAAGAGAUUCGGAUUCGCCCCACCCAUGGCCCAUUGGAGCCUACGAAUAUAGAACCAAAGAUCACAUUCAUCUCAACCUUACCGGCAUCUGAGGCACUCCCAUUACAGACCGACACUGCUACGCCGUCAAUUCCAGCCCCGUCGACCUCGACCCAACGGAAUGAAUCCUUCACAAGCCAUAGGGCCAUCCGCCCUGGCGGGCUCUCUACAAGCAAGUAUGCGGUCGUCGUCCUAGCUGCAGCACCAACACAAGCGUCGAUUUUCACUACGCCGUUCUCUGCAUACGCGGCAAACGUCAACUCAGGGAAACGUCGGCAUGUCGAGGAAGAGAAAGAAGAACCAUCGGGCUUUCAGGAUGAGCGCUCAGCUAAACGCAUGUGUACUAAGCAUAGUCGCGAGUCCACAGGUGACCGCAGUACGGCAAUUCCUCAGAUACUUCCCAGCGCUUAUGACAGAUACGAAUGGGCGCUUAUCAAUGACAACAUGAGGGAUAGUCAGGAUCAAAGCAUGUACUCUGAACCUGAAGAUACGCCAGAACGGUCAGUUGUGGGUCAAGACAUCAUCGAUAGAGAUCCAGUCAUCAAGACUGAACCCCCCGAUGAUGCACCAAGUAACCCCGCUGUGAUCCCGCCGGCUCACCAGACCCUACUCACGCCAGCUCAGUCCAAUUCACCAAGUAUAAACCAGGCAACGACACGACCGACAGCAACACAGCUUACGGAGUAUAUCGACCUUUUUCGUCUCUGCAUACCACACUCUAGCAUCCGCCAACUGACACCGGCCGAGUCGAGUCUUCUAAGAGACAUGGAAAGAAGGGCGGCGAGAAUUUUGAGUGGUAGGCAAGCGAAAGUCGACAUCCUAAGCCAGCUCCCAGCCUGGAUGCGCGAGGGCAUGUCGAAGAGUCAGAGACAACAGGUGGCUACCAUUCAGAGGCGUGUCAAGGAAGCGAAAUCAGGUCACCGUCGCAAUGCCGACGUGAGAAGUUUCAACGCCAGGGCGGUUGCGUCUACGCCAGCACCUACGAGAACCGCACCAGUGCCCGUCGCGCCGCACCACCAGCAAACGUCUCUCAUGGCCGCACCAGCACCACCGCAAGUUCAACCCUCCGCACCUCAGCAAGCCCAUCAACCCUACGGUCUUGACCCCCUCCCGUAUGAUAAGCUAUUCGCCUCAGCCUUGGUACACAGCUCAUUGGAACAAGUCAACAACAUGCUGGAAGCCUUUGGAGUAAACGCACGAUGCUAUCUCAGUGGCUGGGACUCGAUAACACUAAAGAAGAACCAUGAAAUCGUACCGCCGUCGCUUCAGCCUGGCUGCAUGCCCCUAACACUGGAGAACAUGCCCUACACUAGACUGGCUGGUCCGGCUCUGGUAAACCACGUCCUGCAGCGGGUCAACGAGAUGACCAGCUCAUUGUGGCCGGGACAGUUCGUGUUGCAUGGAAAGGACAUGCUACAAUUGCAUUCGUAG